CCUAAUAUUAUGUUUGAUAGCUCACAUGGCUUGUGGAAAUGUAGUAAUUGAUAAGAUUUGACAGGUCGCGUGGAUAUUUAGACAUUGAAGCAAGAUAAUUUAAGUACAUAUGGCAUAAUACGAGAUCAGUUAGAUUGCAGAGAUGAUGCGAUAAGUGAUGCCUAGGUAUAAAUAUGAUUAGGAGUCUUGGUGGUCCCGUAAUACCAAAUAGUUACAUAAUGAAGCUACUCGUGUUGGUGUUGUGCUCUGCAGUAGCGCUAACAUGUGGCGAGGUGAGGCAAGGCAGAAAGUUCCCAGAUGACUUCGUCUUCGGAGUGGCUACCGCUAGUUAUCAAAUCGAGGGAGCAUGGGAUGAAGAUGGUAAAGGAGAAAACAUCUGGGAUUAUUUAGUGCACACCAAUCCAGAUGCAAUUGCUGACCGCAGCACUGGCGACGUAGCGUGUGACUCUUACCACAAGUAUAAGCGUGAUGUAGAGAUGCUCCGAGAGUUGGGUGUCGGCUCCUAUCGGUUUUCUUUGUCGUGGUCAAGAAUAUUACCCAGCGGUUUUGCAAACCACGUCAACGAAGCUGGCAUACAGUAUUACAAUAACCUUAUCGACGAAUUACUUAAAUACAACAUCGAUCCAAUAAUCACAUUGUACCAUUGGGAUUUGCCUCAAAAACUCCAGGAGCUGGGCGGCUGGCUGAACCCUCUCGUUGGUGACUGGUUUGAGGAUUAUGCUCGGGUAGUGUAUGAGCACUUUAGCGAUAGAGUGAAGAGUUUCAUUACAAUCAACGAGCCCGCACAAGUUUGUUACGAAGGCUACGGGACUGAUACAAAGGCUCCAUUGUUGAAUGCAACAGGUAUCGGCGAGUACAUAUGCGCUAGAAACAUUGCCCUCGCCCACGCUAAAGCUUACCACCUAUAUAACAACGUAUACAAGCCGAAAUACGGCGGAGAAUGUGGUUACACCUUCGCAGUAGAUUCUACAGCCCCUCUCACGGAUUCUGAAGAAGAUAAAUAUGCCGUGGAAUUAUUAACUCAACAGCAGUGGGCAAUAUACAGCGACCCUGUAUUUUCUAAAGACGGGGGAUUUCCCAAAGAGCUUUUGGAGUUAGUUGCUAAAAAGAGUGCAGCGCAGGGCUUCCCGAGAUCUAGACUAAUCGACUUUACUGAAGAAGAGAAGGCGUACAUCCGUGGCACUAGUGACUUUUUUGGCGUCAACCAUUACAGUGGAUCCCUUGCCUCACCCUCUCUGUAUACGUCACAGUAUGCUGUGCCAUCAUCUAUGGACGAUAUUGAAGUUGGGCAGACGGUGUCUGAUGACUGGCUUCAGGCUGCCUCUUCAUGGUUCCAAAAAAUGCCAAACAGUGUUUACAUCACGAUGAAACUAAUUCAGAAUAGAUAUGGGGACGUUCCUAUCUACAUUACGGAGAACGGCUGGUCCUCGUACGGCGGCAUCGAUGAUGAGGACCGAGUCGACUACUAUAGAUCUGCUUUGGAGAGCGCACUCGACGCUUUGGAUGAGGGAAUCAACCUUAAGGGCUACUACGCAUGGAGUCUUAUGGAUAACUUCGAAUGGCUGGCUGGAUAUACGGAACGUUUCGGUUUAUACCAAGUGGAUUACGAUGAUCCCGAGCGCACUCGUACACCAAGAAAGUCUGCUUUUGUCUACAAACACAUUAUUAAGACGCGCAUGGUCGACCCUGACUACGAACCCGAGAGCAAUGUCAUGACAAUUGAUGAGGGACAUUGAUUGAUUGAACAAUUCGAAAAUAAAUGAGACAUACUAAUUGAAUGAUGUAUAUAAUUUGAACCUUUAAAAACAAAUCCUGGUACAUAGUAAAACCAAUGAAAAUGUAUAAAUAAAUCUAUGUUCACUUGUCACUUUUACCCCAUCCCAAGAAUCCUUUGACCAGCCCCGUGAGGCCUGCGCCCUGCUUCUUGCUAUCCGCUGCACCAGUUUUAUCGUCCAGGUUCGGGAACUCAACAAAGUUGCACGCCAAGUCAAAGAACAAUGGCUUGCAAGGAAUGGCUUCCAUAGACGGUGGCAUUUUGUACACGUUAGGGUUCUUUGUAAGAACUUGAGUGUCCUCCCUGUACUCGUCCAAACGAUCGACUAGAGGCUUCUUGUCCUUGUAAGACUUGCCACUCGCGUACUUCAUGUCCUCGUCUUGAUCGUCAUCAUCUUCUAGUACUGAGUCAGCGUGCACUUCAAACUUACAGCUUUCGAUAUCUUUCUUCAACAUUUGCAACUUUUCGACCAGGCGUUUGUCAUCAAGUUUGGUGCUGAGGGACUCGGCCGAGUAGUUGCUGCAUCUCUCCAACAUAGCGAGAGCUUCCCUGAAGCGACGGAGCCCGGUGAGCACCUGCGCGAUGUAGUAGCAGCGGAAGGCGCGGUACGCUUUCGUCAAAGUCUCAAUUUCCUGUUGGUACGCCGCGUCGCUUUCAAAUCCAGGCAGCUGCUGCAACUCGGUCAAGUUCUGCAAGAUAAUUUCGUAAAGUCUCGUCAAGUCCUGGGGCCGGACCUUCUUGCCGUCGAUCUGUAUGUUGUUCUUGCGAGCUUCUUCAGCCUGCUGGACCAGCAAGUUGUUCCUGUCGAUAGUGCGCAUCAAGCGCAGGUACAUCAAGUACGACAGCAAGUAGUUGAUGCCAGACAUCUGGAUCUCGGAAGCAGACUUCAGCUUUGGAUCGCUUUUAAUUUCAUCCUUGAUGGCAGAUAUAGCGUCUUUGCAAUCCAUCAAAAUAUUUUCCAGAAUAUCAAUCUUGGCCUGGACAGAGUCUGCGUUGGCGACGGACUUGUCAAGGUCUUGUAAUGCAAUGAGGAAGAGCCGCACUUUCUCGGGCUUCACAGUCACUUUGCGGCCGCGCCAUUCCACUUCAUGCAUCACACCAGAACGAGACUCCCUGUAAAAGAUCAUGAUAGUCACAUCUCCAAAAUAAAGCUGAUACAUACCUAUUAUAAAUCUUAUUACUUAUCUAAUAAGUACUAACUUAGCUUGUGCCAUGAGUGAGUCCAAGUUCUCGAUGAGUCCCUGGCCACGCAUAGCCACGAGGUCGCCGGCCGCAGACUCGUCACCGAUAUUGUACGCGCAGUAACGAAGGCUAGGCUUCAGUUCUUCCACCUG